UUGGGUUAGUCUAGCAGACGACGGGACGGACGCAGCAGACAGCGCAUAGCUAGCGUCGCUCGCGGGCGCUUGUCAGCGUACGUUUGAAUCGGAAGCCGAGGAGACUCGCGAGAGUGCUCGGGGAAGAGUUUGUUGUUCGUCGAGGUCGAGAGCGUGGAACAUCGGCGUGCUCGCGAUGGAUCCCGAGGCGUUCCUGGACAUGGCCAACCAGGUCAUCAAGCUGAAAAUGUUCCCGUAUUUCGACAUAGCGCACUGCGUACUGUGCGCGCUGCACGUCAGGGAGGAUCUGGGACCCGGUGCACAAGCAUUUUCUCGCAAGCAUCCUUUAUCAUGUUGGCUCUCUACAAUGUUAGUUUGUUUUGCAAGUGGUCUGCUAUGCAAUGGAUUAUUAGGUGAACCUAUUCUUGCACCUCUGAAAAAUACACCACAAGUGAUAGUCGCAACUAUUGUUUGGUAUGUGAUAUUUUACACACCAUUUGACAUUGGUUAUAAGGUAGCAAAAUUUUUACCAGUAAAGAUAGUAUGUUCUGCUAUGAAAGAAAUUUACAGGUGUAAAAAAGUAUAUGAUGGGGUGACUCAUGCAGGAAAACUUUAUCCAAAUGCAUAUCUCAUUAUGAUAUUGAUUGGAUCACUUAAAGGUAAUGCAGCUGGAUUUACAAAAUUAUUUGAACGUCUUAUACGUGGCGUAUGGACUCCAACUGCAAUGGAAUUCAUGCAACCUAGUUUUCCUACCAAAGCAUCUAUGGUUGCAUCGAUUAUCUUUGUGCUAGAUAAGAAGACUGAUCUCAUUUCUGCACCUCAUGCUCUUGUGUAUUUCGGUAUUGUUAUCUUCUUUGUUUAUUUCAAGCUAUCAUCAAUUUUGCUUGGCAUUCAUGAUCCAUUUGUGCCAUUUGAAAAUUUAUUCUGCGCUUUGUUCUUGGGAGGAAUUUGGGACUCGUUGGCUAAAUUGUUGGGUCGUGGUCAAGCUAAAGACGAGAAAGCGGACGCAAAGAAAACAAAUUAAAUAAUA